AUGAUCAAUAAUAUUCGAAACUCUUUUCUUGGUAUGCUGAAAAAUUCAUCUUGGAUGGAUGAAAUUUCAAAAAAUAAAUCAAUAGAAAAAGCAUUGGUUAUUGAUGAAAAAAUUGGUUAUCCAGAUUUUUUAGGCAGUAAUAAUACAACACAACUCGAAAAAAUGUAUCAAGAGUAUGUUUUCAAUGAAUCAUAUAUAAGUAAUGUUUUAAAAUUAUUAAAAAUAAAAGCCAAUGAAAAUCUUCGAAUGCUUCGUGAACUUGUUGAUCGUAAAGCAUGGGGUACUAGUCCCCCAACUAUAGUCAACGCUUUUUACAGUCCACCAAGAAACCAAAUCAUUUUUCCAGCUGGUAUUCUACAAAUGCCAUUUUUCAAUAAAGAUGCACCAAAAUAUUUGAAUUAUGGUGCUAUCGGAAUGGUUAUUGGUCAUGAAAUUACUCAUGGUUUUGAUGAUAGUGGUCGUCAAUAUGAUAAAGAUGGAAAUCGUAUUUCUUGGUGGACUGAUGAUACUAUUAAAAAAUUUAAUGAACGUAAGCAAUGUAUAAUCGAUCAAUAUAGUAACUAUGUUGUAACUCAAAUUAAUAGGACCUUGAAUGGAUUUCAAACACAAGGUGAAAAUAUUGCUGAUAAUGGUGGAAUAAAAGAAUCAUUUUAUGCUUAUCAAAACUGGAUUCGAACGCAUCCAAAUGAAGAUAAAAAAUUACCUGGUCUAUCUGAGUAUUCAGCAGAACAAAUGUUUUUUAUUAAUUAUGGACAGAUUUGGUGUUCAAAAAUGACUAAUGCUAAUGCAUUGAAUAGAAUUUUAACAGGUGUUCAUUCACCGGAAGAAUUCAGAGUUCGUGGUCCAACAUCAAACUUUGACGAAUUCGAUCGGGCAUUUAAAUGUUCACCUGGGCAAAACAAUAGUCAAAAUUCCAAAUGUGCUGUUUGGUAA